GUUUUUAUUUUCAAAUGAUUGAAAUGUCAUUUGAUUUUAUCAGUCAUAAAUUUUAAAAUAUACAAAAUUUAUUUUAUGAGAAAAAUUUUGUUUAUAACAAUAUGUAACGUCAUGAAACAACACUGUGUUCCUGACAAUACUUCUUUAAAUGAAUCCAUCUCAUGUCAGUCUAAAAAUUAAUGAAUAAUUAUUAAUAUUAUAAUUAAUUUGAAGAAUUAUCCUGACUAUUUGUCGUAAUAUUAUUAAUAAAAAUGACUUCAAUCUUUGAUCAAUACGAGAAGGCAUCUCAAAGAUCGAAACCAUCAGGAUCGGAGCUUAUGAAGCCUGAUAUUUGUACAACUGGAUUUAUUCAAAUGAAAUUACAAGAUGAAGAACCAAUUUUUAUCAGACAAAGAGUUAAUUUUAAACCUCCAGAUAGUAUUUUACAUCUUGCAGUAAGCAGUAAUUAUAUUGUGAUUGCAAUGGCAAACAAUGUUUUAUUACGCAUUGAUGUUAAAGUUCCGGAGAAAAUAGAAGAAAUUGACAUAUCAAAAUAUAUUGGAAACAUGAAAAUAUCGGGACUAUUUUUAGAUCCUUUGGGUUAUCAUUUACUUAUCACUAUGGUCCCUAAAGUUGGUGAUAGUCCACCAGAUUUAUUUUAUUUACAUCGUUCAUCAACCAAGUUAAAACAGGCAGGCAAGUUUCGAAGUCAUGAAAUAACUGCGGUUGGUUGGAAUUUCGCUAAUACUUCAGAGACCACUACUGGUCCUAUAUUGCUUGGAACUUCGAAAGGGCUAAUUUUUGAAACAGAAAUUGGUUUAGAUGGAGAUAAAAUAUUUAAUACAAGUCUCGAACAAUACUGGAAACAGCUUCCUAAUUACUUACCUCUUUACGGUAGUAAAGAGGUUGAUGGAUUGGUAUUUGAUAUUGGAGAAGAAAGUAAGCCACCAAUAACUGGAAUAGCUUUUCAUAAGAUACCUAAUUCAGAGAAAUAUUUUAUUAUUGUAACAACUCUAAUAAGAAUCUAUCAGUAUGUUGGCACUAUUAAUAAUCCACAAGAGAAGCCUUUAUUACAACAAAUAUUCAGUAAAUAUCUCAAUGUUAAAGAGCGUUUUAAUCAACUAGAAAGUUCUUUACCGUAUUCACGCAUGCAGUUUUAUUAUCCAGUACCAAAAGGACUACCAAAAACUUUCGGUUGGUUAACAGAAACGGGCAUUUUAUAUGCAGAAAUUGAUCCACAAAUCGAUUCUGACAGUAUUUUAAUAAAUCAAGAAAUGUUAUAUUGCCCUGAAACGAGUUUAAGUGGAACUACCGUCUCAAAUACGGCUACUGCACCUAUAAAUUUUAUUUUAACUAAAUUUCAUGCUCUUAUUCUUUAUACCGAUCAUGUGAAAGGCAUUUCAUUACUCAAUCAAGAGCUAAUUUUUGAAGAUAUAUACGAUGAUACAUAUGGCAAACUAAUUAAUAUCACGAAAGAUCCAAUAACAGGAUCAAUUUGGGCGUAUUCAGAAAGUGCAUUAUUCAAAUAUAAAGUUACGAAAGAAGAAAGAAAUGUUUGGCAAGUUUACAUGGAAAAGGGAGAAUUUGGAUUAGCUAAAGAGUAUUGUAAAGAUAAUCCAGCUUAUAUAGAUCAAGUUCUGAUUAAAGAAGCUGAAAUGUUGUUCAAAUACAAAGAAUUCGAAAAAAGUGCAAUGAUAUAUGCGGAUACACAUUCGUCUUUUGAAGCAAUAUCUUUAAAGUUUCUCCAAGAGUCACAAAUAGAAGCAUUGAAAUUAUUUCUGAGAAAAAAAUUAGAAGGUCUUAGGCCACAAGAUAAUACACAAAUUACGAUGAUUGUUGUGUGGGUUGUUGAAUUGUUCAUGAAUCAAAUGGGAACCUUAAGAAAUGAUCAAACCUCGCAUUUAUAUAACUCAUCAUAUACUGAACUUCAAAAACAAUUUGAUCAAUUCCUAAGCAUUCCUACUGUUGAAGACUGUGUAAAAAAUAAUUUUAAAACAAUAUAUAAAUUAAUGGCUAGCCAUGGUGAUAAAGAUAAUUUGAUUAAAUUAACUAUCAUGCAUCGUAAUUAUGAAGAAGUCAUUCGUCAACAUCUAUAUAAAAACAAUUAUCUAGAUGCUCUGGAAGUAUUAAAAAGUCAAGGAAAUAAAAAUCUUUUUUAUCAAUUUACUGGAAUUCUAGUGCAAGAAUUACCAAAGCCUACUAUUGCAGCUUUAAUUUCUCAAGGAUCUCAAUUACAACCAUCAAAACUUUUAUCUGCAUUAGUAUCAUGUGAUAGUGAUGAAAAACACGCUAAAGAAGUCAUAAAAUAUCUAGAAUUUUGUAUUUAUAAACAGAAUUGUCCAGACCAAGCAAUACAUAAUUUUUUAUUGUCAUUAUAUGCAAGAUAUAAACCAGAUGAAGUGAUGCGUUAUAUUGGAUCUCAAGGUCAUGAUAUAACAAUGGUACCAUAUGACGUACAUUAUGCUUUACGAUUGUGUCAGGAAGUUGGUUUAACUGAAGCUUGUGUACAACUUUCGGCUCUUCUAGGAUUAUGGACUACUGCUGUUGAUUUAGCUUUAACAAUCAAUGUCGACUUGGCUAAACAAAUAGCUGCUAUGCCAUCGCACCACGAUAACGAAUUAAAAAAGAAAUUAUGGCUAAAAAUAGCUGAACAUGUUGUACGUGAACGUGAUGAUAUCCAACAAGCUAUGGAAUUUUUACAACAAUGUGAACUUCUUAGAAUCGAAGAUAUUUUGCCAUUCUUUUCUGAUUUUGUUACCAUUGAUCAUUUUAAAGAUGCUAUUUGUAAUUCACUACAAGAAUAUAAUCAGCAUAUUCAAGAUCUUAAAGAAGAAAUGCAAGAAGCAACAAAAUCAGCUGAAAUUAUUCGAAAAGAUAUUCAAGCGUUUCGCACUAGAUGUACAUUUGUACAUGUCAGAGAUACAUGUAACUCGUGUGAAGUUCAACUUUUAUUGAGGCCUUUUUAUGUAUUUCCAUGUGGUCAUCGAUUUCACAGUGAUUGUUUGAUUUCUAUUUUGACACCAAUGUUAUCAAUUGAACAACAAUUAAAAUUGACAGAUCUCCAAAGACAGCUAACAGCUUUACCUAGGAAAUCUGAUGAAACUGUGUCUAUAGGAUCUGUAUCACUAUCCACCAAAGAUCAAAUAAAAGCUGAUCUCGAUGAACUCAUUGCGUCAGAGUGUCUAUAUUGUGGAGAAUAUAUGAUUGAAUCUAUUGAUAAACCAUUUAUUGAGGAAGAAAAUUAUGACAAAAUAAUGGCUGAAUGGUCAUAAAAAUUGUAUGAAAAAUAUACAUGAUUGCUUAAAAAAUAUAUCACUAUGUAAAUAGAAAAAUAUCUAAUAAAUUUACAAA